AUGCAGUACCUUGAUGCGCCGGAAGAGCAGGCCGAGGCAUUGCCUUUCGCGAUGCCGAUCCAUCGCAGCCCUUCUAGGACCGACACCACGACGACAACGGGCGUCAGCGUCCCGGAAGCCUGGAGUCCAUCUCCAUGGACUGCAAAUGACAUCUUUGCCAGCUCGAGCUCUCUUGACGCUGACCGCUAUGCUGUCCGCACACCACCACGGCGUAGUGGACAAACCCUCAGCUCGGACUUUGGGCCAAGAGAAGCACAGUUGCUGAGAACAUUCGUCCAGGAAUGGGGACCUUUGCUGGACUGUACAGAUGCGCAGAAGCAUUUCACAAACGCAAUCCCUCAACUGGCGCUGAAUGAGUCCGAGUGCCUGUUGUAUGCGAUAUUGACCAUUACAGCUCUGUACCUCAGUCGGGUAUCCCAGUAUCCUUCGUCGGCGGCUCAAGCUUACCGACAGAAGUGCGCUCGGGCGUUGAUACCGAUCUUACAAGAAGAUCCUACCAACAUGCAUGAGGCGAGCAUGUUUGCGACCUAUGUCUUGCUGCGAGUUUAUGACCAUCUGACAGUGAAUUUUAGCAGUGAAAGAGUUCCCGACACAAUAUUUACGGAAGGGCUGGCACUUUCUACAACACCCUGGAAUGCGUACGCCACACAAGCAUCCCUCAAACAAGCCGCGUUUUGGGUCCAUUUGCGACAGGACAUCCACGUGGCAUUAUUGCUCGAAUGCCCGGUCAACGUCGACUACACCUUAUAUACACAGACGGUGGCCGUUGCACAAACCAUCACAGAGCGGGGCACGGUUGACUGGAAUGCGGAUCGAGGACACGAGCAGGAUGGUUCGGCGGCGACCAGCGCCAUUGUGGUCGAGUGCGCUUGGGCGAACCGAAUCGUGGGCAUCGCGCUCAACGUUGUCAACUAUUGUUACAGCGACUCCGAGAAGACGGUCGACCAAUGGGCCACGCUUCUUGUGUCCCUCGAACGAUGGAACAUCGAGAAACCGCCUUCUUUCUCGCCUUUCUUCGAAUGCAAGCCGGCCACCUCGACGGGCGAAGGGUUUCCCCACAUAUACUUAAUGAGCGACUGGCACGUGAUCGGGCUCAUGUACUACCACCUGGCCAUAGCCAUGCUGAAAAUUCACCACCCAGCCCGGAAAACGAACAAGUUGGGCUCGUCAAAGUUCUUUCUGAGCGACGACAAGGCAUGUUUCCUCUUCCCGGCAGCCGAAGAGAAAGAUCCGCUAAUCUGA